UUCGCUCCGUAUGUGUUAACAAAAGAUAACCGGCUAGCUGGCUAGCAGGUCUAGUGUGUCGCGUAAAAAUUCAAACAAUCGACACAUGACACAGUAUUUUCCGCGGGACGCAAGUCUUUAGCGAAGUUGCUGAGAAAAGUUGUGAAACGUGGGUGAACCGGCUCAUCUGGCGUUUGGGUCUCCGGCCUUUGAUUUGUUUACAUUGAAUCACAAGAACUUACCCAAUACUUAAUUUAUGCUUUAUUUAUUUUCACUGGAGAGUUUUGUACGUUUUAUCCGAUGGGAUCGAGCGGGAAGCCAGUACUGAAAAAACUUCCAUCUGCGGCGUAUUUUGUUCGGUAGCUUUUCGCGGUUUAGUGAAUAAAGUGACAGUGAAUUUGUAGGGACAGUUUUUGAAAAUGGUUGGAAAAGUCGAUUACUCGAGUGUGCCCACAAGCGUGGACCUAGAAAACAACAAGAACCAAAAGAAGUACACUGUGAACGAAAAUAAAGGAAAGAAAGUUGUGAUAUCUAAACCUCUCUGUGUCUUAAUGGCGAUUGGCGCUUUGCUUCUGGCCGUAUUAGUAGGCCUUGUAGUUUUCUUCUUAGUUCCUAGAUAUUGUAAUGGAGAAAAACCACCCGAAGCUUUAACCAAAACGCAAAUACCAGAAACUUACGAUGAGGCUGAUGAAGUCGAUGAAAGACUACCUAGAAGCAUAGAACCUACUCAUUACAGAAUACGAAUAGUACCAGAUCUCCAAAAUGCCACCACGUCGGGUUCCGUUGCAAUGACCUUGAACGUAUUGGAACCUACCAAUGAAAUAAUUUUUCAUGUCAGCAACAUUACAAUUGAAGAGCAUUCCCUUAGCAUUAAUUCUACAGUGUCGAAUUCUAGUCUUAUAGAGAUACGAGAACAAGGCUAUGUCGAAGGUGAUAAGUACAAAAUAAUUUUGAUGGAAGAUCUCAAAAGAAACGAAACUUAUGAUUUGAGUAUGACGUUUAACGGGCAGCUAAAUGGACAUCUCCAGGGAUUCUAUCUCAGCCAGUAUAACGAUGCUUCGGGUCGAGAAAGGCGGAUGGCAAGUACUCAAUUUUCUCCGACAGAUGCCAGGAAGGCUUUCCCAUGCUUCGAUGAACCAUCCUUCAAGGCUAAAUUUACCAUUAGCUUAGCAAGACCAGGACAUAUGACUACCUUGGCAAAUAUGCCACUUUCAACUUCGAUAAAAUUCGAAAAUCGAGAAAACUGGUAUUGGGAUCACUACCUGGAAACACCGGAAAUCGCGACUUAUUUGGUAGCGUUUAUGUUAUCCGAUUUGAGGCGCGGCUCAACUAACGACCCCCUUAUAAAAGUGUGGUCCAGAGAUAGUUUGGUACGGCAAACAACUUACGCUAACGAAAUCUCACCAAAAAUUCUUCACUACUUCGAAAACUACUUCGACAUCAAAUUCCCCCUUCCGAAAAUCGACAUUGUUGCGGUUCCUGAGUUUGGAUUCAGUGCCAUGGAGAAUUGGGGAUUGAUUACUUUCAGAGAGAGCAGUUUACUUUUUGAUCCAGCUGUCUCCACAAAUGAAGACAAACGAACAAUUGCGACUGUUUUGGCUCAUGAAAUUGCACAUCAGUGGUUUGGAAACUUAGUCACUCCCAAAUGGUGGAACGACCUGUGGCUAAAAGAAGGAUUCGCUACUUACAUGGAGUAUUUUGGGGUUGAUCAUGCAGAACCUUCUUGGAAAAUAAAAGACGAAUUCCUUCCGUCUGAAACAGCCAGAGCCAUGGCCAUCGACUCUUUGGAAUCAUCAAGGCCAAUAUCUUUCGAAGUGAAAAACAGCCGACAAAUUCGACAAACGUUUGACGAAAUUUCAUAUGCCAAAGGAGCUGCCAUCAUAAGAAUGAUGAACCAUUUUCUGGGUGAGAACGUCUUCAAGAGGGGGCUGAUAAACUUCCUCAAAAAACAUAUUAACGGUAACGCCGAUAGACUGGAUUUGUUUACAGCUCUCACGGAAGAAGCGCACAAGACCAAAGCACUCGAACCAAACGAAACUGUUGCACAAAUCAUGAACACGUGGACAGAGAGACCAGGUUUUCCUGUCGUUCAUGCAAUCGCUGACUAUCAAAAUAAUAAUCUGCAUAUUCUCCAGAAACGAUUUUAUCUAUUCGACAAAGACGAAAAAUCUUCUUGGUGGGUACCGUUACCCUUUACGACCUACCAGGCACCCAACUUUACAGAUACAAAACCGAAAUUCUGGCUGAGAGGAGAGUACGAAAUCGAAGAGAAGGUCAAUUUCACGAAAUGGUACCUUCUGAACAUUGAUCAAACAGGUAGGAACGCUGUGUAUGAUAUUGAAUAA